AUGCUUGAUACUGAUAAGCCACUAUUCUAUUGUGAAGUGUGUCGUGGAAACACAUCUACUGUCACACCCAAGUAUAAGCUUCAUGUGUUUGUGAAAGAUGACACUGGGUCAUGCCACUUAAUGUUACUUGAUAGUGUGGCUAAAACUAUCAUUGGUGAUGAAGCUAAAGAGCUUUGGGAUGGUUCCUAUCCUGAGAUUGAAGAUCCAGAGCUUAUUCCUAUUUCAGUCAGAAACUUGGUUGGAAAAUCGUUUUGUUUUGGUAUUUCCAUCAAAAGUGAUAAUAUAACCAAUGGAUCAGAUACCUUUAAGGUCUCUGAGGUUUUCUGCCUUGAUCAGAACAGAGAGAUUUCAGAAGAUGUUUCAACUCCUUAUUCCAAGCGUAAGGAAGGAGAUGCUGAGCUUAAUGAUCCAUGUUCUACAUCUAAGAAGCUUUGUUCUAAGAGUAUCAAGAUUGAGAAGAUUAAGGAAGAUUAG